AUGGCCAAGUGGCUACGGGACUACCUGAGCUUCGGCGGGCGGAGGCCCCCUCCGCAGCCACCCACUCCCGACUACACGGAGAGCGACAUCCUGCGGGCCUACCUGGAGCAGAAGAAUCUGGACUUCGAGGACCCUUAUGAGGACGCGGACAGCCGCCCGGAGCCGGACCCCGCGGGCCCCGGGGACUCCAAGUACGACUCCCCCAAGCACCGGCUCAUCAAGGUGGAGGCCGCCGACAUGGCCGAGGUGGCCAGAGCCAAGGUCUUGCUGGGCAGUGCAGGGGCAGAGUCAGAAGUUGACACUGAGUACUCGGACCCCUUUGAUGCCCAGCCUCAUCCGCCACCCUCAGAUGAUGGCUACAUGGAACCCUAUGAUGCCCAGCGGGUCGUGAGUGAACUGCCUUGCAGGGCAGUGCAGCUGUAUGACACUCCCUAUGAGGAGCAGGAUGGAGAGCCAGGAGACAGGCCUUUUUCAGGGCAAAGGCCUGGACAGAGCCGGCAGCCCCAGGAAGAUGAAAGGCCAGCGGAUGAGUAUGAUCAGCCCUGGGAGUGGAAGAAAGAUCACAUCUCCAAGGCAUUUGCAGUGCAGUUUGACAGUCCUGAGUGGGAAAGGACCCCAGGCUCGGCCAAGGAGCUCCGGAAACCCCCACCCAGAAGCCCCCAUCUGGCAGAGCGUGUGGACCCUGCCCUGCCCCUGGAGAAGCAGCCGUGGUUUCACGGCCCCCUGAGCCGGGCAGACGCCGAGAACCUCCUCUUGCUCUGCAAGGAAGGCAGCUACCUCGUGCGGCUCAGCGAGACCAGCCCCCAAGACUGCUCCCUGUCCCUCAGAAGCAGCCAGGGCUUCCUGCAUCUGAAGUUCGCGUGGACACGAGAGAACCAGUUGGUGCUGGGUCAGCACAGCGGCCCCUUCGCCAGUGUCCCCGAGCUGGUGCUCCAUUACAGCUCGCGCCCGCUGCCCGUGCAGGGCGCCGAGCACCUGGCCCUGCUGUACCCGGUGGUCACACCGAGCCCCUGCGCCGGGGCCUCUGCCCCCGGCCCUGCUCCCUGAGGCUGAUUCA